CAUCUUCCCCAGCCUCACAUCUCCCAGGGGAGGUGGAGGAUCAGUUCAGGUGAAAUACCUGGUAGGAUUUUGGUGGCAGUGAGAGCCAGGCCCAUAGCUAUGUGGGGCAGUAUGUGGUUGGAUCAAUCAAACCACAGCCUCUGGGAGCCGAGCCAACCAUCUGUCUGGCAGAUGAUUGGGGAUUUGAGAGCUGCAGGUUCAGAUGGGAGGUGACAGCUGGGCUGGGUCCUGGUGAUGAUAAAGGAGAGGGAGAAACCCAGGGCAUCUGACAGGACCUGGCAGGGACUGCGAGAGAAUGAGGUGGGGAGGAAGCAACCAUGGUAAGUCGGCUUGGCCGACUACAGAGAACUAAUGUAUGCUACUGGUGCUGCCCCUCCCUGCCCCCUCUUCCUGGGCAGUCUCCAGUUACCUCCAUGUGUCUGUAACCCCAAUCUCCCAACAGCCCUGUGGAGUAUUCUGUUCUUCACAAACAAGCAAACCUCAAGCUUGCCACUAGCACUGUAGUCAAGGUGGUUGCCACAGCAGUUGAUACCCAUGCUCUGGUCCCCAAGGAGCCUGUCACCCUCCAGCCUGCCUACGGCACGGCUUUGCCACUUAGAAGGCAGUUGGACACACACUCAUGUGUCCCCUGUUCUGAGAACUGGGUGGGGCCAGGAAGGCUGGAAAGGGAGGCGGGCCUUCAGGUGGCCUCUUCUCGUGGCACCCGAGGCUCCAGCCCACUUGAUUCCCUGACGUCCGUGGUGGCAGUGGUGGCAGUGGCAACAGCUGUAGCACUUGGGCCAUGGCAGAGGACGGGCCACAGAAGCAGCAGCUGGACAUGCCGCUGGUUCUGGACCAGGACCUGACUAAGCAGAUGCGGCUCCGAGUAGAGAGCCUGAAGCAGCGAGGGGAGAAGAAGCAGGAUGGUGAGAAGCUGCUCCGGCCGGCUGAGUCUGUCUACCGCCUUGAUUUCAUCCAGCAGCAGAAGCUGCAGUUCGAUCACUGGAACGUGGUUCUGGACAAGCCGGGCAAGGUCACCAUCACGGGCACCUCGCAGAACUGGACACCGGACCUCACCAACCUCAUGACACGCCAGCUGCUGGACCCUGCUGCCAUCUUCUGGCGCAAGGAAGACUCCGAUGCCAUGGAUUGGAAUGAGGCAGACGCCCUGGAGUUUGGGGAGCGCCUUUCUGACCUGGCCAAGAUCCGCAAGGUCAUGUAUUUCCUCAUCACCUUUGGCGAGGGCGUGGAGCCCGCCAACCUAAAGGCCUCUGUGGUGUUUAACCAGCUCUGAUGACAGCCGUGGCUGCCCUGCCCUCGGCCCCAACUCUCCCUUGGCUGGACCUCCUAGCUCAUGUGUAUUUUGGAAACAUUCUUCUAGCUGCUCCUUCUGUGCUCAUCUUGGCUAGAGGUCCCCUGAGUGCUGCACCCCCUCUUUGUCCCUGGUGUCAGUGCUACGGCUCACAGGGAUGUCCCAUGGCUUCAUAGUCUAGAAGCUGGACGCUGCUACUCUAGCAGUAGAGGCCUUCUGGGUCCAUGUGGCCUGAUGGACGAGCCACCUGCCAUCUCUGCUUUAUUGUGGUGAAGAACAGGAUUGAGAGAGAAAGACACUGACCAAGAAAUGCCAACAGCCAUGAUUCCUCCCUUCGGGGACAAGAGGCUGAGACUGGACAGGAACACCUUCCAGGGAUCCGGGGGAGAAGGCUUUUCCCUGCUGGCCAAAGCUGGACCCAGGAGGUGAAUACCCAGCUGCACAUCGGCAGCAGGAAGGUGCUUCUUCCAGUGUUGGCAUCAGCCCGCGGUGACCUUAGGGCCUUCAAGACACUUGGCGGGAUGACAGCAGGGCUUGAUCUGACUGGUUUUCCAGGUCUGGCCCAGGUUUUUAUGGAGUCACGAGAGAACGCGUAGAAACGGAAACAGCCCUAAGCUACCUAUACUCAUAAGUAUAUUGAGAAAUAGCGUGACUGUAUCUGUAUGGAUGUGUGCCUGAGAGCUAUUCCUGGUCAGGCGUAAGGCUGACUCUAGUUUAAUUGUUGAGCUGGGACUGGUUUGUGGGUGGAUGUGACCGUUCUAAGCCUUUCUUGCUGCAGUGCUUUUUGAACUGGGGGACUGAGGCUCAAAUGGUGAAGCAGAGAACUGCAUUAGAGGGGUCCAGGGCUUUGAGCUAGAAACACUUCCAUUAGGAAGGCUGGCAUUUGCUGAUCACCGGUCAUGGUGUUGUAUCCUGCUGUCACCUCCCUGGGCAUUUCCUAGCUGUUCUCCUGGAGUGCAGGCGCAUGGGUAAGGCUUGGGGGCAGUUAUGAUGCCUGACAUCUGAUGUGUGCUGGAGCUCUCCGGCUAUGAUGCCUAGCACUGGCCUCGGAGGCUGUCCAGGACAGCCCACUCAGCGAACUGACAGAAAAACUAUGGCACAGUUAUCAGCAGAUUCAACCCUACCCCAAGUCUCAUUGUGCCUCACCCUGCACGUCCUGAGAGCCUCUCAUUGAGGAGAAGCCUCACCUGACACCUAGCAUCAGCCAGGGGCACCCCAGCAGAGCCCUCGACUCUGUCUCAAGGCUGCCUCCAUUGGGGAUACCAAGAUCUGAAGGUAGGAGUUGUCCCAGUGGGUGGGUUGUUAGAAGGGCAAGCCCCAGCUCAGGUUCAGGAUUCUGGAGGCAGGAGAUAGGCUGUGGUACCUACCGGUCUCUUCUACUGGUACCUCUGCACUGGCCAGUGCUUCUGCACUUUGCUGACUCUAGGGAGCCGUACCUAGACAGACCUACCUUUCUGCUUCUCUUUCAGCCCCUCCCUACAGCUUUAGAGACUCCCUUCACACUGCCUGACCCCCAACUCUGUCUCACUCCAUCUGCCCUGUGGGGACAGUUGUGUCUCUGCUGUGCCUGUCACACAAUAAAGACUGUGUGCCCUCCCCUC